CCACCAACACAUGCACACACCUCCUCCACCACCUCCCACACUCAACACACCCCUCCCCAAAAAAAAUAAGCCAUUCCGCAAUCGGACACGGGGGUAAUCUAUCGCCCACGAUCAGCAGGAACUUUUUCUCUCUCUCUCUCGAGCCCUAUAAUGCACCCUACCUCCAGUAUGCUAGGCGCAGUGAAAAUGGAAGGACAUGACCACACAGACUGGAGCUCCUACUAUGCAGAGUCCGAGGGUUACCCCACAGUGAGCAAUAUGAAUGGGGGGAUUGGAAUGAAUGGCAUGAACACCUACAUGACCAUGUCCGCGAUGGGCACCACAGCCAACAUGACAGCAGGGUCCAUGAACAUGUCUUACGUCGGCACCGGCAUGAGCCCGGCUAUGACUGGCAUGUCCCCCGGAGCGGGGGCGAUGAAUGGCAUGGGAGCAGGCAUGACGGGCAUGGGCAGUGCCUUGAGCCCCAGCAUGAGUCCGAUGAGCGCCCAGGCGACUUCCAUGAACGCCCUGACCUCGUACACCAACAUGAGCAUGAGUCCACUCUACGGCCAAUCCAACCUGAACAGGUCCAGGGAUCCCAAGACCUACCGCCGCAGUUAUACCCACGCCAAGCCUCCUUACUCCUACAUCUCCCUUAUCACCAUGGCCAUUCAGCAGUCUCCCAACAAGAUGCUGACUCUCAGUGAGAUCUACCAGUGGAUCAUGGAUCUGUUCCCUUUCUACCGCCAGAACCAGCAACGUUGGCAGAACUCCAUCCGCCACUCGCUCUCCUUCAAUGACUGUUUCCUGAAGGUGCCCAGAUCCCCAGACAAACCGGGGAAAGGCUCCUUCUGGACCCUGCACCCUGACUCGGGGAAUAUGUUCGAGAACGGCUGCUACCUGCGGCGCCAGAAGCGCUUCAAGUGCGAGAAGAAACAGGCGCUAAAGAAUUCGCAACAAGACCCCGGCCGCAAGGCUUCCGAGAGCUGCUCCGCCGGUAGCGGCACCGAUACCAGCGCCGGGAACGAGUCACCCCAGUCCGGCGGCUCUCCCGGCGGCGGAGGCGGAGGAGGAGGCGAUCCCAAGAGACCCCUGGCUGACCUCAAGUCCCGGAGCUCCACCCUGAGCCCGGAGCACGGUAACGGAGCGGUAAGCCAGGCGCCUCCGCCACCGCCUCACCUCAUGCACCAACAUCACUCGGUGCUGUCCCAUCUGCCGUCGCAAGGUCAGGACCACCUGAAACCCGAGCACCACUACUCGUUCAACCACCCGUUCUCAAUCAACAACUUGAUGUCUUCCGAACAGCAACAUCACAAAAUGGACUUGAAGGCGUAUGACCAAGUGAUGCAUUACUCUAACUAUAACUCCCCUAUGUCCGCCAAUCUCCCCAUGAGCUCCAAAGGGGUCUUAGAUCCAUCGUCCAUCGCCAACGACACGUCUUACUACCAAGGUGUGUAUUCCAGACCAAUCAUGAACUCAUCUUAAACCUAUCCCCCUCUCACAAUCGGACUGGGCCAACUCUGUACAUUUUUGUAAGAAUUAUUAAUUAAGGGAGGGAGGGAGGGUGUGUGGGGGCGAAUCUUAUGCGCAGGCAAUUGGAAAUUUUUUGUUUGGUUGAUGUUUUCAAACUGUUAGCUGUUCAGCGAUUCCUCUUCACGGUUGUUUUUUGGACUGUAUAUUGCGGGCCGUUUUAAAUGUCUUCUGUUUGUUUUGGCUGCUUCAGAAUACAACGAGGCGUUUAAUAUAACGACGUUUCUGUACUGUGCACAGUUCUCUUGUCGAUUUCUCUCAUUGAGGACCAAUUCUUUUUUUAAAAAAAAAGAGAACAUCCCUUCCCUAUACGUUUCAAAUUUCGAAAGUGUUACUAGCAUAUAACGUCAAAACAAAACCCCCACCCGCAAGUAAUUUAUAGUUUUUGUCCAUUUAUUUAUAAUUGGGGGACACCCUAUAAUGCUACCGGCUUCUCUCUCUCUCAGAAUCUUGUAUUAACCCGAAGUGUUCAAUGUUCAAUGUAUACACCGAUUUCUGUCUGAUCCUCUCCCCUCCGAGAACUAUGAAAAGGGCAGCUGACUCACUCCCGCUCGUGGAAAAGGUUCAUUGCUGUUAAAACUGUUGCACUUUUUGUUUCUUAAUUCCUCAGACAACCCCGUCCCGAGCGCACGCAGCCGGGAGAUUGUAAAUUCUCACUUGAUACACCGACUUUUUUAAAAAAAGAAAAGUGAUUUUAAUUUAUUGUUGAGCUGUAGAUUUUAGAGCGGAAGUCUUAUUUGUAUGUGUGUGUGUGUGUGUGUGUGUCCUUUGAUGCUGUCGUUCCCCAUGUAAGAAACUUGAGAAAGCUUUUUUUCUUUCCGUUGAGAAUGUUAACAUUUUAUAAACGAUAAAAUGUAAUUAAACAAACAGACAUACAACAACAAAAAAAAUAAACGAACAUAUUUUGAUCCGGUUAAA